CACAGCCACCAAAACAACACUCCACAUUCUCAGGGACAGGCGGUUCGAAGGCACAUUCUGAGGGAAGACAGACACGACAACAACAUAAUCUGUAGCUAUCAUCCAAAGGGCUGUUUAAUCUAAAGUGUACCCACUCCAUGGAAUACUAAUUGACCAAGCUCAGGGUAUUUGUCACGGUCCCGUAGAUAUGGUCUUUCUUGUUCUGAGAAAUCUGUUUGAUGUCUCUAGCUGGUCCUGUCUGUAUUUCAGAUUUUAAUGUCAGUCAGGGAAGAUAAGGUGCAUGAAUAAAAAAGCAUGGAUUUAAUAGAAAACAUUGGGUGGAUUAUUGUAUAAUUUAUAAAGAAUAUGGAUGAAAGGAUGGAUGAAGAUGAUGACGAUGAGAACGUGUGGAAUGCAUCAGCUGUUAUUCUGGACAUUGACUCAGGAUCUUGGGCAGACCGCUCACCCCUCCACGAUGCUGCCAGUCAGGGCCGCCUCCUGGCCUUGAGGACCCUCAUUUUACAGGGUCACAAUGUAAAUGUUCUGACUAUAGACCAUGUAACACCCCUGCAUGAGGCCUGUCUUGGAGACCAUGUUGCCUGUGCCAGAGCACUCAUUGAUGCAGGAGCAAAUGUCAAUGCUUCUACAAUUGAUGGAGUCACCGCUCUGUUCAAUGCCUGUACAGUGGGCAGUGUGGCAUGCACGGAAAUUCUUCUGGAAAAUGGAGCAAAACCCCAGAGUCUUGUAUAUCAACCUUCUCCAAUACACGAAGCAACCAGCAAAGGUCAUUACGGUUGUGUAGAGGCUCUGGUGACUUGGGGGGCAGAUGUGGACAUGGACAUUCCUCACCUGGGCACAGCACUAUAUACAGCUUGCGUCUGCCAAGAGCUUGAAUGUGCCAGGAAACUCCUGAGGGAAGGUGCAAAUGUACAGAAAGGUAAAUCCCUGGAUUCACCUUUACAUGCAGCUGCAGAAAAAGACUGCACAGCUGUAGUGAAGUUGCUGCUGGACUUUGGCGCAGACAUUAAUGCCAGGAACACAGAGUUUCAGAGGCCAGUGGAUGUGGCUCCACCCAGCAGUCUUACAGAAGGCUUUCUACUACUUUAUGAAGCUACACCACGGUUGCUUAGCCAGUUGUGUCGUCAGUGCAUCAGAAACUGCGUUGGACGCGACAGACUCCACCUUCUUUCCCAUCUUCCUCUGCCUAACAGGAUCAAGAGCUACCUGCAGUACCAAUGACAACAGACUAUCAAACUGUCUGCCUAAAUGGGACUUGCAGGAAGAAGCCUUGGACACCCAAAAAUUAUAUCAACUCCACACUCCUCUUAACUUUAAUUUUAGCUUCCAGUCAAUCCAGUAAAAGCAAUUAAUUUGAAUUAGCCACACGGCCGAGUAGCUGACUGUAGCAGCUGUGUUGAGCUGGCCUGAUUCCCAUGUGAGGAUGUGUGGACCUGGAUAAAUGUAAAGCAGGAUGCCACUAAAACAAACUUCCAGGAUUAGUUUUCCCUAGGUUAAUUUUGUUUGAAUAACAUUAAUAAUAAAUAUUUUGUUUUCUGUUCUGCAGUGUUUAGAAAAUGCCUUACUAGUUGCCAGUGAGUGUUGCACUUUAUAUUUAAAACCCCCCAUAAAAUAUUAGAAUAUCGUGUAAAUGCACACUAUAUGCUGUAUGUUAACGAAUGUUCAUUG